AUGGAGGCCAACGAUAGUUCGCCAUUGGAACGUGCUUUGAUCGAAAUACAAGAAGAAACCACUUUGAGUUCGUCGGAUAUUAAACUAAUACGUAGUGGUAAACCUUUAACUAUUCGUGCUGAAAAUAUUUCUACAAUAUGGAAAGUCUAUCCAUUCCUUUUUCGCAUUCAAUCUGGUAAUAUCAACAAGAUUAAAAUAGACUGGGAACACGAAACUUUUGAAUGGAUCAAUCCUGAUGAAAUGCAUUCUUACAAUACUGUCCCACAUUUGAUAGAAGCCUUUUACAGAGUAUAUCUUCCAAAAAAUGUACAUUUAGGUUUGGUUGAUAUGUUUACCGACAGAUCUUCUGGUGCCCAACAAUUGGCAAGUAAAGCCUUAGAUAUUUUUGCAGAAACUAUAGAAAAUAAGUCAUAUCACGAAUAUUCUCAAAGCUCCAAGGAUUUGUAUUUUGCGUAUCUUAAUAUCGGUUGGCAUUUAUGCGAAAUCAGACCUAAUAUGAAGGCCUCUACGUUAUAUAUGAUAUUGUCAAUCAUGCAACAAUGUAAAAAAGUUUUAGAGCAGGUUCCAUCAAUGGAUUCAUUUGAUAAUCAAGUUCUUGAUAUUAUAAAAGCAACAAAAAUAUUAUCUCAUGAGGCAGAACAAAAAAUCAACAAAACUUUUAUUACGGCAUUAUUUCCUAAAUUUGAUGAUCAAUCGUUACAUAUUAUAACAAUGAGUUAUUCCUCUACAAUAUUGUCUGCUCUCACUAACCUUAUUAAGGAUUAUAUUAAAAAAGUUCCUAAUAAUUCAGAAUGCUCUAGAACACUUACAAUUACUAUUUUGGAGUCGCGACCUUUAAAUGAGGGUGCAAUUCUAGGACAAAAAUUAUCAUCCUUGUUACCACAACAGAGUAGAACCGUGAGUAUACAAGUUAUUACGGACUCAUCAUGUGAUUUUUUCAUGCCAACGGUGACUCAUGUCUUGCUUGGAGCUGAUCGUAUUUUAGGGUAUGAUGGGUCCGUAAUAAACAAGAUCGGAUCUGUUCCAUUAGCAUUGGCUGCCAAACAUCAUGGAAAACCAGUAUACGUAGUGUCACGUACGGAUAAAAUUGCUGGGGAAUAUGAUGAUGAGAAGGUAGAAGAAAAUGAUGCAAGUGAAGUCACAGAAAUUUAUAGUGAUCAAUGGAAAAAUUGUAAAAAUAUACGAGCUAGAAAUAUAUAUUUUGAAAGAUUAGAGCCCGGUCUGAUUACUGGUUAUGUUACCGAGGUAAAUUCAGAAUUGUUCACGGUUGAGGAUAUCCGGAAGCUGUGGAACGAGAGAAAAUCUUUAGAGCUAAUCUUUAAUGACUUGGAAGAUGAAAUGUAG